AUGGAUCUCGUACCUGUCGCUGGAGCAAUUGCAGGCGCCACUGCAGCUGCCGCUUACAUUGACGCCAAAUUCCACAUCACAAAAGACCUCCAGGCGAUACGGCGUGGCAAAGCGUCGGAGAAGGAGUUCGCACGGCAAGGUGGUUACAAACGCGGCAGCCUCUGGCAUUUCUUCGAAGAACAAGUCCACCGCCUCCCCGAAACCGAAGAAGCUAUCUGGUCGCGAGAAGGGUGCUAUACAUGGGGCGAGACAUACGCUCAGGCAUGUCGGUACUCGCAAUUUUUCCGUCAACAUGGUGUCAAGACCGGUGAAUUCGUGUCCUUGUAUCUUACAAACCAGCCGGAAUUCGUCUUUGCGGUCCUGGGAUCGUGGGGAGUUGGCUCUGCACCCGCUUUGAUCAACCAUCAUCUUGCCGGCGAUGCUCUCAUCCAUUGUCUCAAGGUCGCUGGGGGAAAGAUAUUGAUCGUGGACGAAGCUUCGGAUGCGAGAGAAAGGAUUGAAGCUGUGCGAGACAGGAUUGAAGGAGAGCUGGGCAUGACGAUCCAGGUUCUCGAUAAAUCACUAAAGGGAGAGAUAUGUCGUCUUGAGCCAAAGAGACCCGAAGACGAGUUGCGCAAAGGUUUGACAGGCACCUUCCCAAUGUGCUUGUUCUAUACUAGUGGAACGACUGGGCAUCCCAAGGCUUGUCCAUUUGAAAGUCAGCGAGCAGGAGGACUGGCCGGUGGCCGCAUCCGAGAUCUGGGCUUACAACCGGGACCCAACGGCGACCGAUGGUAUGUGUGUAUGCCGUUGUACCAUGGGACUGGAUACACUACCGCUGUAUCUUGCUUGCUGUCUGGCAUAACGCUUUGCAUUGGCAAGAAGUUCUCUACGUCUAGGUUCUGGACCGAAGUCCGUGAAUCUCGAUCCACCGCUUUCGUAUAUGUUGGUGAGACAGCACGAUAUUUGCUCGCCAACCCCCCUAGCCCGGAUGACAAGAAACACAAUGUCAAAGUCAUGUUUGGUAAUGGCAUGCGCCCCGACGUGUGGCACCGUUUUGUUGAUCGUUUUGGCAUUCCAAUGGUAGCCGAGUUUUUCAACAGCACGGAAGGUGUUUUCGCUCUCAUGAACGUCAGCGAGGGACCUUAUUCCGCAACAGCCGUUGGCCAUCACGGGGCUAUCAUGCGCAGCAGACUCAAGAACACCUUCAUCCCCGUUGAGAUUGACCACGAGACCAACGAAAUCUGGCGGGACCCAAAGACAGGGUUUGCAAAGAGAAGGCCGUAUGAGGAAGGUGGUGAAAUUAUUGUCCAACUUCCCAACGAGAAAGCUUUCGUUGGCUAUCACAACAAUGAGAAGGCCACUCAAAGCAAAUUUGAACGUAACGUUUUCAGAAAAGGCGAUCUUUUCUAUCGGACUGGGGACGCUCUGAGGCGGACACCAGAUGGACUGUGGUAUUUUAUGGACCGCUUAGGUGACACUUUCCGGUGGAAGUCAGAAAAUGUUAGCACCGCCGAAGUCAGCGAAGUGCUCGGAAAUUUCCCAGGCGUCGUCGAGGCCAACGUCUAUGGCGUAGAAGUGCCUGGCCACGAUGGUCGGGCAGGUUGUGCUGCACUCUAUAUCGACCCUGCUCAGAAGGACAGUUUCGACUUCAACGCUUUGUUGAGGCACUCACAAGAAAAACUUCCGAAAUAUGCAGUUCCUGUUUUCCUCCGAGUCCUCAAUAAUAUCACGACAAUGCACAACAACAAGCAAAAUAAGGUACCCCUUCGGAACGAUGGAUGCGACCUAAGAAAGUUAAUUGAGCGGACGGAUAAAGAGGCAUCGGAGAAAGGGCUUGCCGCAGGAGAUGUCCAGUAUGAUACUUUUUAUUGGUGUCCAGCAUCUUUGAGCAACGUGAAAGGUGCUCAAGUGGACGAUCAAGGAUACGUUGUUUUCACCUUGGAAGAUUCGGACGGUCUAAGGAAGGACGCCCAAACGGCAAGAUUAUAGAUGCACUGCAUGUCGCUCGAUCGAAUCUAUCUUUUCUUUUGCUGGCAGAAUUUGCCCUGUCUUCCUUGUUUGUGUUGUAUGCCUGGCUGCACUGACGAAGAAUGAUGGUGCCCGGUUGGCUUCGUGAAGUCGCUUUCUAUAACAACGACACGUCAUCAAUUCUGUCAGCGCAAAAGAUCAAAAACCCCAUGAACUGGAGUUCAUUUUCCGCGUGCAUCAUUGGUCAACAUUUAGAAUGGAAUGUUGACAGUCUCGUCGGUGACUCGCUAUAGCUCGGUGCCAUAGCACGACUUCGCGCCUUGACUUGGUGUCAUGGCUGUGCCUUCGAAGAAAACGAUGACUGUCAGUACUCUGGGUCGCUCUUAGAAACGUCCAAGCUUACAUUUUCUUGUCUCCAAUGCAUCGUGCGGCUCCUUACUAGAGCAACAUCGAGGUUGGUUAACCGGCAUCUGACAUGAUUGAUCU